GACAUUUCAGUUAACCUAUAAAUAAUUAUUUAUUUUAUUCUGACGAUAUUUUUGCUGAAGUACCGAGUGUUUUUCACAGAAUUAAUAUAAAAACUAUUCCUCACAAUGUUACGUAAUUGUCGAAAAGUUUUUAUUAGGAAUAACAUAUUGUGUCCUGUCAUUAUUCAGAAGAAGAAUUUCUUAACCAAAGAAUACAAAUGUACCGAUGCUUGGAAUAAUAUGAAUUCUUCUCCUGUAUUUAAUAAAAUAGUCAUUCAUGAUUUCUACAACAUACUCGAUCAAAACUAUGCUUCGAAAGGCGUAAUCAGUGCAAUAGAUGUUGAUUUGUUCGCAAAUGCAAUUAAAGAUCCCAGCCACCUCGAAGAACUUAAGGACCUGCUCCAUAAACUUAGGACAACUGCCGAGACAGGUAACAUGUUAGACUCAACACAUCAAGCCACUAUAAGGCAUUUUUUGGAGUUUGGUGAUGUCAAAGAACUGAUUGAAAUAUUAAAAGAUCCUCUUAACUAUGGUGUUUUUCUUGAUGACUACACUGCAAAUAUGCUUUUGGACAAACUACUUACCAUAUCAGACUUCGAACUUGCUGCCAGAGUGGCUUCAUUAGUAAUGCUUCAAGAAGAAUAUAAUAAUGAAAUAACAUGCACUUUGUGUCAGUACGCUUGCUACAAGUACAUCAAUAGCUACACUCCCCCACCACCGGAAGAACCACCAGCGGAGAAAAGUAAAAAGGUUGAAGAAAUUAAAAUUAGAGUCAAAUUCCUUCGAAACCCUUACUUUGAUGAUCAUUUUGACAUAAAUGAUACACUCACAUUAUCUGGUAAAACAUUGGCAUGGAUCUCAGAAAGGGCUUCCAACAAUUUAAACAAUAACUUGCAACUUAUCGGGUGGCUAAUCUACAAAAAAUAUGAUAAAUUAUCAGUUUUCUGUGAAAAAAUUUGUACUGACAAAUCAUUUAAAGUUUACAAAGAAGUUAUAGAACUUGUACAAAGUGCACAUGAUGCUGCAGAAGCUGAAAUCAAGCCAACAUUAGAAAAUGUAAUUUCAAUAUUGAGCAAAGUAGAACAGAAUUCUGAUGACAAAUUGGAAAAGUCACUAGAAGUUGCUAUUGAGAAUGCUAUCAACAAAUCACAUAAAAAUGAUGUAUCUCAACAAAAACAGCUGUUCCAAUCAUGGGCCAAAUUAAGAGAUGAAAAACUUGAAGAACAAGCUCAAAGACUGGACAGAGCACGGCGAAUACAAGUAAUCCAACAAAAACAAAAUGAAAUGAAGGAUCAAGAACAAAAAUUGUGGUUCUUUGAAAAUGAAGACAAAAUAGACCUUCAAAUAGAAGAAAAAGAAAAACUAGUUGACAAGUCUACUACAAAGAAGACUGCAUCUAAAAAGUCAGAAGAAAACUAUAUUCCACCAGAGAUUUUGCCAAGAAGGAAGUAGUCAUAAGUUGAUAGAAUAAAAGUUUAGAAUACUUGAA